CCCAGGCGUGCGGCACUUGGCGGAGUUUGGGUGGCGGCGUCGCGGCCGCCGUGGGCGCGGGGGACAUGCUCACGCCCGCGUUCGAGCUCAGCCAGGACCCGGACUUCCUGACCGUCGCCAUCCGCGUGCCGUACACGCGAGUCUCCGAGUUCGACGUGUACUUCGAGGGGUCGGACUUCAAGUUCUACGCCAAGCCGUACUUUCUCAGGUUGACCCUUCCGGGAAGAAUUGUUGAGAAUGGAAGUGAGCAGGGUUCCUACGACGCUGAUAAAGGAAUUUUUACCAUUCGAUUGCCCAAAGAAACACCUGGCCAGCAUUUUGAGGGGCUGAAUAUGUUAACUGCUCUCCUGGCGCCCAGAAAAUCCAGGACGGCAAAGCCGCUUGUGGAAGAAAUCGGAACUUCAGAAGUCUCUGAAGAAGUAGAAGAGGAUGAUGCUGAUGAUGAAGGGUUCGAUUGGGAAAUUGAACAGACUCCCUAUGAAGAAAUAUCAGAAAAUCCUUUGAAUCCACAGUGCCACUAUGGAUUUGGAAACUUACGGACUGGAGUGGUUCACCGGUUGCAGGAUGAAUUGAGUGAUGUGAUUGAUAUUAAGGAUCCAGAUUUUACUCCUGCAGCUGAACGAAGACAGAAGCGCCUGGCUGCUGAGCUGGCCAAGUUUGAUCCCGAUCAUUAUCUGGCCGACUAUUUUGAAGACGAGGAGAUUAAGCAGAUUUUGAAGUAUAAGCCUUGGUGGACUGAAGCAUAUUCAAAAAUGAUGGCCUCUUCGGGAACAAGCCAGGAUCAAGAACUGCAUGCCAUGUUAGUGUCUUUCUCUGAAGAAGAGAAGUACCAGCUGCGUAAGUUUGUCAAUAAGUCUUACCUGCUGGAUAAGAGCGCCGAGCGCCAAGUGUACUAUAGUUUGAUCGACAUCCUCCUGGCAUACUGCUAUGAGACCCGUGUCACGGAAGGGGAGAAGAACGUUGAAUCGGCAUGGAAUAUCAGAAAACUGAGUCCAACACUGUGCUGGUUUGAGACCUGGACUAACGUUCACGAAGCCGUGGUGUCUUUUGGAAGAAGAGUUCUGUGCUACCCACUGUUUCGCCAUUUCAAGCUGGUGUUGAAGGCCUGCAGUGACACCAUAAAGAUACUUCAGCUGGGUAAAAGUGCCAUUUUAAAGUGUCUUCUGGAUAUCCACAAAAUUUUUCGGGAAAAUGAUCCAGCUUACAUUCUAAAUGAUCUCUACAUCUCGGACUACUGUGUGUGGAUUCAGAAAGCCAAGUCUAAAAAGUUGGCAGCAGUUGCAGAAGCCUUGAAGAAAGUCUCCCUUACAAAGGCCCAGCUGGGCUUAGAACUGGAAGAGCUAGAAGCAGCAGCACUUCUUGUCCAGAGGGAAGAAAUGGCCUCAGAAGCAGUGCCUUCCGUUUCCGGGCAGCAGCCACAGCCUUGCAGCCCCGAGACGGACGAGUCGGAGUCGGAGUCGGAGUCGGGCAGCACUGCAUCAUCCGGGUCAGAGGACCCUGAUUCAGAUCCAGAGGAGCUCAGACAGCCCUCUGCGGCAGUAAACUCUUUAGAAGGCCCCUUUUUGCAAGAAAACAGCUCACUGCUCUUCGCCGGUCGUGGGCUCUGCGGAGACCCAGCCAUCCAGGACUCUGACGUUAGCCAGCCGGAGCUGCCUGCCUCUCCCUGGGCUCCUGCAGGGCGCAAACCUCUGAUAGAGGAGCUUGGGGAAUACCUGGAGACCACUGUGCAGGUGUCUGAGGCCGAGGGUGCCACAGCUGGAAACCAGGGCAGUGCCCAGCAGUGUGAUGGGCAGCAGGGGCCAAGUGAUUGAGCGCCUGUGGUGGUGUUUGCUGUCAGGAACUAGGUAAGACUUGGUCUCACCUGUGACUUAGAAUGCCUCUCUCUGACUUUGUACUUGUUUUUGGCAUGUAGAACCCUGUGUUUCAGUGAGCUGAUUUUUAUGCUGUUUGCUUUCCUCGCGGCAAGUCUAAAAUACAAGUUCUAAAGUCAUUUUACCCAAGUGUCGCUGAUAAACAUGAAGAGAACAGUUCACUGCCAGCAGCUAGAGCCUGCAGAGCCGGCUGAUCCGCUCAGCUUGACUGAGGCACACCUGACCUCCAGCAGGCUGCCGGUGCUCAGGGCGGCAAGCACUGGGCGCCCCUGGGGAAGGCCUCGUCCCCAUCCAGGGCAUGAUCCCCAUCCAUGCCCUUCAUAAUCUCCCCGUUCCUCCCUGCCUCCCGCUCCCCCCAUACAGGCGCUGCCCAGCUUGCGGUACUGCGCAUGAGUUUGCAUUUCCUGGAAUUGUACAUAAACUGAUGGUGUACGUGUACGCUUUCUCUGUCAGCCGUGUCCCACUCUGUGUGGUUAUUUUGAGAUUCAUUCCAUGUGUCAAGAGUUGUGUUUUGUUCCGUUACCAAGCCCUGUUACUGAGUUGAUCUCUUCCGUUCACCUGCUGAUGGGCCUGUGCGCAGCUUCCAGUUUUUAACUGUUAAAUAUAAAACUUAGAAAAACA